GCGUCACUUCCGUCAACAUGGCGAUGCCCAUGAUCAAGAAUCUAAAACAAGAAAUCUAUUUGUCAUUUGGCAAAAGUUCUAUUGUUGUUAAGGUAGUAGCAGUUGCAGUGACUUUAGGAUAUUUUCUUUCAUUUGCUAAGUCAGUUGUUCCGUAUCUAGCGGUUACCCCGGGAUAUGUGUUACCACCCAACUUCUGGGUUUGGACUUUUGUCACCCACAGUUUUAUUGAAUUUCACUUUUGGGAAGUGUUGGCAGACAUUGCUGUUUUAAUUUUAUGCGGAAAACUACUUGAGCCACUAUGGGGUGCUCUGGACAUGCUGAUAUUUUUAGCAGUAGUGAACACAGGCGUGGCUCUUGCGUCUUCCUUCCUUUACAUUGGGAUUUACUUAGUUACCAAAAAUGAAGAGUAUCUUUUCGAAACGUACAUACAUGGAAUGGUAGGAUAUGUUGCUGGAUUUUCUGUUGCUGUAAAGCAGGUCAUGCCGGACCACAAGUUGCUUAGUUCACCAUUCGGGACACUGAGAAACACCCACAUUCCACUUUUGUUAAUGUUUAUUACUGUUACUUUAAGAUUAAUUAAUGUGGUUGAUGGACCCUAUCCAUUUAUGUUUGGUUUUGGUAUUUUGAUCAGCUGGAUUUAUCUGAGGUUUUACCAGAAGCACAGUAAUGGUAAUCGUGGUGAUAUGGCUGACCAGUUUUCCUUUGCGAGCUUUUUCCCCAGUCGACUGCAACCAAUAAUAGCUAUUGUAUCCAACACUGUGUUCCUAGCUCUGGUGAAAAUAAAAGUCUGCAAGAAACCACAGAGGAAAUAUGAUAUAAGCUCAUCCUCGAAUGCCACCAUCACCAUCACACUCCCUGGGACUGACCCAACAGAUGCAGAAAGGCGGAAAAAUGUGGCUCUGAAGCUUCUGAAUGAGAGAUUAAACAAAGCAGAUCAACCUUCAAAGUGGCCGUCAAUGGAGGAUGAUGACCAGACAUCACCUGUCUCUACUGUCACACCUGAAAAUGUCCCUCCCAAAGAUUCCAAAUCCCCCAGUGUCAAGCUCCCAAUCCCAGACUUCAAGGAAAACCAGCAAGACAAGGCAGAAACUCCAGAGUCAUGAUAAAUCAGUCUAGAGAGAGAGAGAGAGAGAGAGAGAGAAUCAGCUCUGUACAGAGAGAGAGAGAGAGAGAAUCAGCUCUAGAGAGAGAGAGAGAGAGAGAAUCAGUUCC